AUGGCUCAACAGAGGAUGUUUUUUCUGCGAAAGCUGAAGCAGGUGGGUCUGGCUCCUCAGCUGCGAAGGAAUUUCUACAGAAAGAGACCAAAAGCUGCUGUGAUCAUAAAACCUGAUAACCACGUGUUCAUAGACGAGAUUGUUACUCUCACAUGUAACAUAGAGAAUGGAGGAGGUGUCCAGAACUGGAGGUACAGCUGGAAUAAAGAAGGUUCAGACCAAACUGUCAGUAAUGAUCAGUAUUACAGUAUCUGGUAUGUUAAACAGAACCAUGCAGGUAAAUACACCUGUACAGGAACAGAGACAGGAGGCUCACGUUCCUCACACCCCAGUGAUGCUGUUCUACUGACUGUGUCAGAGAGACCAAAACCAGCUGUGAUCAUAAAUCCUGAUAAUCACGUGUUUAUGGGAGAGCGAGUUACUCUCACAUGUAACAUAGAGAAUGGAGGAGGUGUCCAGAACUGGAGGUACAGCUGGAAUAAAGAAGGUUCAGACAGAUUUAUCAGUAAUAAACAGCAGUACAGAAUCAGUGAUGUUACAGAGAAUCAUGCAGGUAAAUACACCUGUACAGGAACAGAGACAGGAGGCUCACGUUCCUCACACCCCAGUGAUGCUGUUCUACUGACUGUAUCAGCAAAACCCAAACCAACUGUGAGAUUAGAACCUCAGAACUUCAUCUACACUGGAGACACCGUUACUCUGACCUGUGAUCUGAAUCAGUCUACAGGAUGGACUUUCAUCUGGUACAGAAAUGAUCAGGAAGUAAAUCCUCAGAUCUCUGCAGCUAAAAUCACCACCAACAAACUCAGUGAGAAACUUUCUAAUACAGGAACAACAAAUGAGUACAAAUGUAGAGCACGGAGAGGAAAAUACUACACACUGUACAGUGAUCCAGUUAUUGUUACAGUGGAAGGAGAGAUUGUUACUCUCACAUGUAACAUAGAGAAUGGAGGAGGUGUCCAGAACUGGAGGUACAGCUGGAAUAAAGAAGGUUCAGACCAAACUGUCAGUAAUGAUCAGCAGUACAGAAUCAAUAAUGUUACAGAGAAUCACGCAGGUAAAUACACCUGUACAGGAACAGAGACAGGAGGAUCACGUUCCUCACACCCCAGUGAUGCUGUUCUACUGACUGUAUCAGCAAAACCCAAACCAAAUGUGAGAUUAGAACCUCAGAACUUCAUCUACACUGGAGACACCGUUACUCUGACCUGUGAUCUGAAUCAGUCUACAGGAUGGACUUUCAUCUGGUACAGAAAUGAUCAGGAAGUAAAUCCUCAGAUCUCUGCAGAUAAAAUCACCACCAACAAACUCAGUGAGAAACUUUCUAAUCCAGGAACAACAAAGUACAAAUGUAGAGCACAAAGAGAAAACACCUACGAGUUCAGUAAUACAGUUACAGUUACAGUUGAAGGAGAGAUUGUUACUCUCACAUGUAACAUAGAGAAUGGAGGACGUGUCCAGAACUGGAGGUACAGCUGGAAUAAAGAAGGUUCAGACCAAACUGUCAGUAAUGAUCAGCAGUACAGAAUCAGUGAUGUUACAGAGAAUCAUGCAGGGAGACCAAAAGCCACUGUGAUCAUAAAUCCUGAUAAUCAGGUGUUUAUAGGAGAGACUGUUACUCUCACAUGUAACAUAGAGAAUGGAGGAGGUGUCCAGAACUGGAGCUACAGCUGGAAUAAAGAAGGUUCAGACCAAACUGUCAGUAAUGGUCAGCAGUACAGAAUCAGUGAUGUUACAGAGAAUCAUGCAGGUAAAUACACCUGUACAGGAACAGAGACAGGAGGAUCACGUUCCUCACACCCCUGUGAUGCUGUUCUACUGACUAUAUCAGCAAAACCCAAACCAACUGUGAGAUUAGAACCUCAGAACUUCAUCUACACUGGAGACACCGUUACUCUGACCUGUGAUCUGAAUCAGUCUACAGGAUGGACUUUCAUCUGGUACAGAAAUGAUCAGGAAGUAAAUCCUCAGAUCUCUGCAGAUAAAAUCACCACCAACAAACUCAGUGAGAAACUUUCUAAUACAGGAACAACAGAGUACAAAUGUAGAGCACGAAGAGAAAAAUACUACAGCUACUACUCAGAGUUCAGUGAUCCAGUUACUGUUACAGUGGAAGAGAGACCAAAACCCACUGUGAUCAUAAAUCCUGAUAAUCACGUGUUUAUAGGAGAGAUUGUUACUCUCACAUGUAACAUAGAGAAUGGAGGAGGUGUCCAGAACUGGAGCUACAGCUGGAAUAAAGAAGGUUCAGACCAAACUGUCAGUAAUGAUCAGCAGUACAGAAUCAGUGAUGUUACAGAGAAUCAUGCAGGUAAAUACACCUGUACAGGAACAGAGACAGGAAGAUCACGUUCCUCACACCCCAGUGAUGCUGUUCUACUGACUGUAUCAGAGAGACCAAAACCAGUUGUGAUCAUAAAUCCUGAUAAUCACGUGUUUAUAGGAGAGACUGUUACUCUCACAUGUAACAUAGAGAAUGGAGGAGAAAAACCAAAACCUGAACUCACAUCUAACCAUAAAGUAGCUGCACUAGCAGGAAACUUAGUGCUUCUGUACUGUGAACUGAACCCAACUGCUGGAUGGAACUUCUACUGGUACAAACACACACAGAACACUGAGACUGAGACUACAACACACCCCUCCUACACCAUCUACUCAGUUAGUGUCUCUGAUGGAGGCCAGUACUGGUGCAGAGCUGGAAGAGGAACCCCAGUCUAUUACACACAUUACAGCAGUGCACUCUGGGUAAAUGUUACUGGUGAAUCUUCUUCAGUUUCUCUGAUCAUCAAUCCCAGCAGAACUCAACACUUUACUGAUGAAUCUCUCUCACUGAGCUGUGUGGAUCAGAGUAAAUCUACUGAAUGGAGAGUGAGAAGAUACACUGACCAUCAGGGAGUGUUAGACUGUUCAUCAGUAUCAGGAUCAGCUACAUGCAACAUCAGCUCCCUCAACACAUCCCACACUGGAGUGUACUGGUGUGAAUCUGAAUCUGGAGGCAGCAGUAAUCCUGUCAACAUCACAGUACAUGGUGGUGAUGUGAUUCUGGAGAGUCCUGUUCAUCCUGUUACUGAAGGAGAAUCUCUGACUCUACACUGUUUAUAUCGCAAAACUAAACCCUCAAACCUCCGAGCUGAUUUCUAUAAAGAUGGAUCAGUUGUGCAGAACCAGACCUCAGGAGAGAUGAUGAUCCAUCAAGUCUCAAAGUCAGAUGAAGGUUUCUACCACUGUAAAUACCCAGAGGGAGGAGAAUCACCAAAGAGUUUGGUCUUAGUCGUAGGUGAUACAGACACCACUAUUAUAGUAGUUGCUGGAGGAUUAGGUUCAGCUUUGUUGCUGCUCGUACUGAUGAUCUUACUUUGCUGCUGCAAGAGGAACAAAGAUACUGCCACUGAACCCAGUGAUGUUACUUAUGCUGAAAUUGACCUGAAACCCAAGAAGAAACAAAAGAAAAGCAAAGUUGCUGUGAGAGGAGCAAAGGAUGUCAUAUACUCUGACAUUAAUCUGAAAGACCUGAAAACUCCCAUUAAAGGUGCUGCUGCUGAACCCAGUGAUAUGACUUAUGCUGAUAUUGACCUGAAACUUAAGAAGCCAAAACGAAGCAAAGGAAAGACAAGUGUGGGUGCUGACACUGUGUACUCAGAACUGAAGCAAAACACAGACAAAGGUGAUUCCUUCGAAGCCAAUGAUUCGACAUAUGCACAGGUUAAUAAAAAGAGCAAGCGAGGUAAAACAGCACUCUCACCCCAGCAAACCACUCCAAAGAAAAGAGCACUGGCCACCACAGACUGA